GAGCAGAGCAGGUCCCGGCCCCUCCUCGGCGCGGGAGGACGCCUCUCCAUGAAGCCGGAGCCUGCCGCUCGAUGCCUGCCCUGGCCCCGAGUGGGGGCUGACUACGCCAGCCCGAGGGGCUUGGGCUUCGCUUUGAUCGUGCUCGGGUGCUCCCGGCAUCCUGGCCUUGGCUAGAGAAAUGCUAGAAACCAGAGGCCCAGUAAGAACGAUCAUCGACUUGGUUUGAGGCUGUUAAACAGUAGGAAAAAUACGCUCCAAAAAUAUGCUCCAGGCAAGGUUGGGUUCGUAACUGCUGAUACUUCAGUCGGGGAAGUCCUUUGACACGUAGAGCUUUUGCUGGUUUAAAGGAGAUCUCUCUGUCCUUGACCUCAAGCUGUUCCUUGAGGUGCUGCUUAGUCACAGACGGGCACUCUGCGGGGUGCCGGGGUGCACAGCCCUCCCGUCGCAGCCCUGGAUGGGCAUGCGGGUGCAAACCAGUUCAGCAGCCUAAUUACACCCAGCGGUGGUGGCUGCCUGUUAUUUGCUUGUGUGAGUAGCUGGGAAGGAGUAAACAUUAAAGUGACUGCGUAGAAAUUCUUUCCGAUGAGGCAAACCAACGUGAAACGUUGCUACUGGACAUGGUUGAGGAAGCGUUCUGCGUUCUCAAACAGUGUAAAGAUGUGGAGCUCUCCUUCAGUGACGUGACGGGCAAGCCUGAAGCCUUCAAAGGCACCAAGAAAGGGAUGCUGUAUCUCACCCCUUACAGGAUGAUCUUUGUGUCGAAGGGCAAGGACCCUAUGCUGUCUUUCAUGAUGCCGUUUUAUUUGGUGAAAGGAUGCUCAAUUGAGCAGCCUGUUUUUUCUGCCAAUUACAUCAAAGGACAGAUUCAGGCCGAGGCAGGAGGUGGCUGGGAAGGGCAGGGGACAUUUAAGCUGACUUUCAACAGUGGAGGAGCCAUUGAGUUUGGACAGUUGAUGUUCAAAGCUGCCUCUAAUGCUUCCAGUGGCGUUCCUCUCCAGAACCCUGGCUAUGGCUAUACACCUGUGCCCGGAGGGUAUGCACCCGCCCCGCCUGCUCCCGGGGGGUAUUCACCUGCGCCGGCAGGCUAUGCUGCUCCUCCACCACCAAACGGACCCUAUCCUUACACACCACCUCCGAUGAAUGCCUAUGGACCUGCUCCACAGCCCAUGGGAUAUCCAUACGCCCAGACUCCAGGUAUUUACCCACCACUUCCAAACAUGAACCCCAUGUAUGUGCCACCUCCUCCCCCUUACUCUGGGCCGUCUCCUGCAGGACCCUCAGCCCCCGCAGCUCCCCCAGCUUGGGUGGGCCCGGGGAUGCCAGGGGGUAGUAAGGCCAUGGAAGCUGCUUCCAGCGCGUAUUACAACCCUGCCAACCCACACAAUGUGUACAUGCCUAUGGAUCAGCCACCUCCUUACACACCUCCUGAGGAUAAGAAGAACAACUAACAGGAGGAAAUUGCAACCAGCCUCCCACACUCUCUCUCCCUGAAGAUGACAACUUGGCUGUUACUACCCCUUGGGUUAGCGUAUCUCUAGGUUUCUUUGUAUAUAUACAAUGCUAUGUAGUGCUGGGCAGCUGAGCACCUGCCCUCCUUAAACAUUAAGUCAGUGGCAAUACAAGGUGGAACAACAGCACUUUCCUGCUUGUUUCCUUUAUCUCCUGGGGUCGAAGCACUAACCUUUUGCUCUGCCAUUGGCUUGAAGAGAGAGAUGGACUUCUUAUUAAACCAUCAGUAGACCACAUGACUAAUCUAGGACUAAAAUAUGAAAGCUCUGGGAUCUUGGAAUAAAACUACUUGGAAUGCCAAACUUUUGACUUCUUCUGAAGCACCAUCCAAGAGGAAAGGCGUAGAGGGCCAUGAGGUUCCUUGCGUAGACCCUUGGGUGCCCCAGAAAGGUGUUGAAUUUGCUUAAAUUCUGGCACAGUUCAGCGUGAGAUGGGACUCUGGAAAUCCUGUAUCCUGCUGGAAGCAUGUGUUUCAUGUCCUGGACUAACAGUCGUGGGGUGAUGAACUUGGGAAGUGCAUCCUGAGAUGUUGAAGCAUUUGGCUAUGCAAGAGGGAAGGGGAUGGGGCCCAAUCAGCCUGCCUUUGUAGACAUUGAAUAGAAAAGCAAACAGAGAUGUGCUGCAGGGCAGUGAGCCGAUAGACUGGCAGGCGUGCGAAUCAGUCUUCCUUUCCCUCUCCUAGAAGCAGGUUCCAUAUCUCUGCAAUGAUCUGGUGUCAAGCAGCAGUUCUUCAAGUGUAAUGGAGUCAAGUGCUGCACAGGAGGCUGCUUGCCUUGGAGCAAAAUGUGUUACAUGAGGAGGAUGACCUGGCAUUGGCCUUGUCAGGAGACCGGGCCUGCGGCCCUGGCUCCCUCUGCUGAGUGAGCCUGCGCUGCGCCCUAGCACCACGGGGGAAAACUGGCCUUCAUCUUUUCCUUCAGCAGCAGCGUGGGUGUGUGGGCAGCUGUAAUACCCGAGCUGGGUUGCAUAGGGGCACAGCGCCCUCUCAGCUGUCUGGUGCGGAUGUUAUGAACACUCAGCUCUCCUGCAGAGACUCUGGCUGCUCAGCCACAACCUUUCCUUCUUCCUUAGGACAUAGUGCCAUUAAACCUGCUCUGAAGAGUCUCUCUGGUCUGGUGGAGACCCUUGUGAUCCUUUACGUAUGGGGUGAUCGUACUUCUUCCUACAGCCUUCCUACCCUCACAGCAAAGGGGAAGGAGUGUUUUCUCUCUUACUUCCCUGUAUGCCAGGGCUCUCCUGAAAGUCAGGCUUGGACGACACGCAAGUGUGGAUUCCUAAAGCAGCCCUGCAUGCGGGGGGGAGUAAAUUUCCUGAUCUAUAAACACCAUUUAAGUCUGAGUUAGAGAUAUUCUUAUAACUCUGUAUUUAAAAAAAAAAAACAACAUGAAUGUUUGUAACUUUUGAAUUGCACUUUAAUACAGGAGUGUUGAUACCUUUAGCUGCCUGUUCACUGUGUGUGUGUCGUGUUGACCUUCAUUCCUGCCUACUGCACAGAAGGCUGGAACAAA